CGAGCGACCAUGCGGGUCCAAGAAGAGACGACCGCGCUCCUGCCCAAGACGCCUUCGCUCGUCCAGAGCCCCAACUUCCGCGCUGUGCUCCGCGACGAAGUCCGCCACGUGUACCAGCUCGCGUCGCCCGUGGUCAUGACGUAUGUGCUCGAGCUCACGCCGGGCCUCACGAGCCUCGUGCUCGUGGGCCAGAUGGCGGCUGACGAUACCAAGAAGUAUGUUGACGCGGCCGCGCUCAGCGUCAUGUACUUGAACUUGACGGGCCUCUCGGUCGGUAUUGGUCUUGCGACCGCCAUGGACACGCUCUGCGCGCAAGCGUACGGCGCCGGCAACGUCAAGCACAUUGGCCUGUACCUCCAGACGGGCAGCAUUGUGCUCCUCGCGGCGUUUCUGCCCGUCUUUUUGGCCAACUUUUUCAGCGCCGACAUUUUGAUCUUCUUGCAGCAACCCGAAGACGUCGCCGAGCUCGCGGGCUCGUUCUCGCGCGUCAUGGCGCUUGGCUUGCCCUUUCUGUACGCGUACGAGCUUCUCAAGAAGGUGCUGCAGUGCCAGAACGUGACGUGGCCGAUGCUCUACUCGGCCAUCAUUUGCAACGUGGUCAACCUUGUCGCUGGCUACCUCCUCGUGAACCACACCAACAUGGGCUACAUGGGCGCGGCCGUGAGCCGGACGCUCGGCAACAUGGCGCUUCCGCUCUCGCUCGUGCCGUACUUUUCCCAGGCCAAGAACCUCGCGUUCUGGCCCGGCUGGCAGAUCGAGUCGGCGUGCCGCGGUAUUCCCGAGUUCAUCUUUUUCGGCCUCGCAGGCAUGCUCAUGAUGAUUUUCGAGUGGUGGAGCUUUGAGAUCAUUGCGCUCCUCUCGGGUCUCCUCCCGAACGCGAUGGUGGCCAUUGGCGCCAACGCUGUCCUCGUCAACAUCACGGCGACCGUCAACAUGUUUUACCUCGGUAUCGCUGUCGCGGGUAACAUCCGCGUCGGCAACGCCCUCGGUGCCAACCAGCCCAAGCGCGCGCAGGUCUCGGCCAUCACGGCGACGGCGCUCGGCGGCGUUGUCUCGAUCGUGACGGGCAUUUGCGUGUACGCCUUCCGCUUUGUCUACCCGCGCUUCUUUACGCAGGACGAGGCGAUGCUUGCGCUCGCGGCCGAGGUCGCGGUCGUUGUCGCUGGCUUCCAGCUCGUGAACGCGCUCAACUCUGCGAUCCAAGGCGCGCUCCGCGGCUGCGGCCUCCAAAACUAUGGCGCCGUCAUCAACUUCGUGUCGUACAUUUGCUUUGGCCUGCCAAUGGGGUACCUCUUUGAGUUUCACUUUGAGAUGGGUCUCCCCGGCCUCUGGGUCGGCAUGACCAUGGGCUACACGUGCGCAAUGCUCAUCGGGACGCUCAUUUUGUACAAGUCCAACUGGCAAACGCUGGCCGACAAGGCGCAGGAACGCGCGUUUAGCAAGGAAUAAGACUUCACGAUUAUCAAUAGCAGAUAGUAUUUCCACA